GCACUUUCGACAGGACUGACUCGCACAAACAAUAACUAUUUCUCAAAUGUGCUUUUAAUACUUUCAGUAUUUAGAACAAAGAAUUAUUAUAGUUUCACAAGUUUUAUUACAAUGUUAACGAACUUGGUGUAAUCGGUUUUUUUCUCCUCUUACAAUUUCACGAAAAUGCCGGGAGGUAAACACAUUAGAUUUACUUUAGUUUAAUCUCAUGUGAAGUAGUGGGCUAGCAUGUAUUUUAACAACAGAGACUAGUAUUCUUCACGUGUGACGUAAAGAAAUAGUCAGGCUUGCAUCUAGAACAACGUUUGGAAUGUGUUAUUUAUAUAAACUAAGUGAAGACAUUUAUUUCUUUUACAAACAGUUUAACGCUAAGGCUAAAGUUUAGCAUGUCCUCUGUCAGUCAGUACCAUAAAUAACAUAAAGCUGUUCUAUACCUCCAAGGUUAGCACUUAAGCCGCAAAAGUUAACCUGUUCAGGGCUAUAUUUAGAGCAGGAUGUCUGCGUGGAAAGGUCUUAUUCACCUCGUGAAACACAGGAGCCUGCUGUGGACACAUUUGCGGAGAAGAAACGUCACCACCUGGUCACCUGUUGGAGCUGCUUUUAACACCAAACCUCACAGGAGACUGGACCAUUUUGAGAAAAACGUGGGCUUGUUUGGAGUCCCCGAACUCACCUGUCCUGCAGGUUUCCAGGUGGCCACGAGGGCGGCGCUGCAGAGCACAGAGCUUCUGCUGGACAGAGUGUGUUCCUCCCCUCCAGGUGUGGAGACGAUCCAGUGUUUUGACCAGCUCUCUGAUGGGCUGUGUAAAGUAGCUGAUCUGGCAGACUUUAUGAAACUGGCUCAUCCAGAUCCAGAGUAUCGUGAGGCUGCAGAGAAGGCCUGCAUUGAGAUCGGCACCGUUGUGGAGAAACUGAACACCAACGUCGAGUUAUGCAGAAGUCUGAAGAACUUACUGGACAACCCGAAGGCUGUGGCUCAGCUGGACCCUGACACAAAGCGAGUGGCCGAGUUGUUCAUGUUUGACUUUGAGAUCAGUGGGAUUCAUCUGGAUGACAAACUGAGGAAAGAAGCUGUCGACCUUCACGUGAAGCUGCUGGAUCUGAACAACGAGUUUCUGAUCGGCUCUCACAUGCCGAACAGAAUCGCAAAGUCCGUCAUUCCUGAACACCUACGGGUGCACUUUGCAAACGAGGGGAGCUUCAUUCAAGUUGGGGGGUUACACGCAGAUUCCCCGGAUGAUCUGCUUCGAGAGAUUGCCUACAGGAUUUACCUCUACCCUAACGCAGACCUGAUGGAGUGUCUAGAGRAGGUGCUGAAAUGCAGAUACAAACUGGCCACACUGGUGGGCUACGAGUCGUACGCACACAGAGCUCUAAAGGGAACCAUGGCCAAAACCCCAGAAACGGUGAUGAGCUUCCUGCAGUUGUUAACAGACAAGCUGUCAGACAGAACAGCAAAAGAUUUUCAGAUGAUGAGAGACAUGAAGAAAAAACUCAACCCUCGUAACUCUGAGCUCAUGCCCUGGGAUCAUCCAUUCCUCAGCGGUGUGUUGCGWGCUGAAAGGUACAACAUCGACCCCAGUUUGUACAGUCCCUACUUGUCUCUGGGMGCAUGCAUGGAGGGUUUGAACAACCUUUUCUCUCAGCUGUACGGCGUCUCCCUCAUGUCCGAGCACCCCGGAUCUGGAGAAGUGUGGAGCGAAGACGUCCGCAAACUGGCUGUGGUGCACGAGACAGAGGGACGGUUGGGCUACAUCUACUGUGACUUUUUCCACCGGAGAGAUAAACCUCAUCAGGACUGUCACUUCACCAUYCGUGGCGGUCGCUGGUCCCAGGAGACGGGUCAGUACCAGCUGCCGGUCGUGGUGCUGAUGCUCAGCCUGCCCCACCCCACAGAGAGCGCCCCCACCCUGCUCACCCCGUGCAUGAUGGAGAACCUCUUCCAUGAGAUGGGCCACGCCAUGCACUCCAUGCUGGGACGCACUCACUACCAGCACGUGACAGGAACCAGAUGUGCGACCGAUUUUGCUGAAGUCCCCUCCAUCCUCAUGGAGUACUUCGCCACAGACUACAGAGUCGUCAGCCAGUUCGCACGUCACUAUGAAAGCGGACAGCCUCUGCCUGAGAGUAUGGUGGCUCGCCUGUGUGAGUCCAAAAAGGUGUGUGGAGCAGCAGACACCCAGCAACAGAUUUUCUAUGCAGUCUUGGACCAGAUUUACCAUGGCAGACCUCAGAACCGCUCCACCACAGAUAUCCUGAAGGARAUGCAGGAGAAAUUCUACGGCUUGCCUUACACGCCCAACACGGCGUGGCAGCUGAGAUUCAGCCACCURAUUGGCUACGGGGCCAAGUACUACUCAUACCUCAUGUCUCGAGCCGUGGCCUCCAUGUUGUGGAAACAGUGCUUCGUUCAGGAUCCUUUAAAUAGGGACAUGGGUGAGCGGUACCGCCGGGAGAUGUUGGCCCACGGAGGAGCCAAAGAGCCCAUGUUGAUGGUGGAAGGUAUGCUGCAGAGACGGCCCACCAUAGAUGACUUUGUGGACGCUCUGGUGUCGGAGCUCAACCAGAACUUCGAAACUUUCUUCAUGGACUCAGAAAGCUGAAGGAUGAGACACAACAUCGUACCACAUUUUCACUUAAUCUGUAAAUUCAUCAACUUUUCUUUCUSUAAUCAUGUUUGACUUAUUUGACAUGCUUGUCCCAUUUUCCUUUGAAUAAAAGAUUUGAUAUUAAACAUGAAAACUCUU